ACAAUGGAUGAGCCCCGGAGAUCCUCCGGAGGAGGAACAGCUCAACAGGGCGGUGAACCUUCGCUCAAACAGGAAAGGGCAGGUUUAACGUUGCUUCACUUUAACAGCGCUUAAUGUAUGAGCUGGCCGGGAGGAAAGCAGCUUCACUGUGUAAACUUCAAGGGGCAAAUGGUUUUCUCCCAAUGAUUUGAGGACGCUUUCUGAAACUGAAUGCAAAGAUCUCCCCUCACUUUGGGUUGGCAGUCACACGGGAACAGGUGUCACCUCGGCGGGCGGAGCUGCCCAUUUCGCCCCCACCUGUUCCGGCUCACGGAGUGAUGGUCAAAAACUGUGUCUUGCUGGCUGCUGUUUCACUGCUGUCUGCCAUUCAGCAGGCAUACUUUGCACUGAAAGUAGAAAAUGCCAGGAAGAAGUAUAAAGUGAUACCACCAUCAGUUACGGGAUCGCCUGACUUUGAGAGAAUUUUCCAUGCACAGCAGAACUCAGUUGAAUUCUAUCCCCCAUUCUUGGUUGUAUUAUGGAGUUCUGGAUUGUUUUUCAAUGAAGAAAUUGCCUCAGUCAUUGGUCUUGUCUACCUGUUCAGUCGGUGCAUGUACUUUAAUGGAUAUGCAGAAUCAACAAAGAGAAGGCUCCCUGGGUUCAGAAUUGGUAUAGCGAUGCUGCUGAUAUUAACCAGUCUGAGUAUUGGAGGGAUCGCGAAUUCUGUGUCUGACAAAUAUUUUGAUUUUAACUUGGCUAAAAAGAUGAGAAAAAUGUUUUUAUAAUGUGCAUGUAGUUGACCCAAAAAUACAGAUGAAUAUUGUAUGUUUUCUGCUUCAAAUAUUGCAUAACUGAAAACACCCUUUCAUGAAUAUCUGUAACUCACAUAUGUGACACUAAAAUGCAAAAUAAAAUAAAGUAUCCUCAGGUAUUUACUCAUUUAUUGAAA